AUGGCCGACAAGAGCCUUUUAGCGGAAGUGAUGAGCACAGAGGUAACAAGUGAAAAGACGAUAAAAAACAAAAAACGGGUGAAAAAGCUUCUCAGCGGAAAGACCGAAAAAGAUGAGAAAAAACCCAAAACAAAGGAACAAAAGGAAGAUGAAAAAAAGGAAAAAAAAGAGAGUGAUAAGAUUGAACAGAAACGGAACGAAAGCACAGAUAAGGGUCUGAAAAAAGAGGAAAAACCAAACGAAAAAAAAGGAAAUACCACAGAGAAGAUUCAAGAAGACGGCGAGGAACAGAUCGAAUCGAAAAAAACAAUGAAUCCAUCGAAAGAAAGUAAGGUGGAAGAAGAGGAAUUACUCGUCGAGAAUAAAAGUCAAAAGAAGAUAAAAGAGAACAUAGAAGAGAAGAAAGAGGACGUUCUUUCUAAAAAGCAGAGAAUGAGAAGACUAAAAAAGGAUAGUUCUGAUGACGAAGAAAAUGAAGAGAUGGAAAAGGACGAAAAAAAACCACGGAAGUCAGACACGGCAAAACAAAGAUUGGUGUUAUCGGGUUUCGAGAAAAUAACAAGAAUCAAGAAGGACCUCUCAAAGAUAUUCAGCGUACGAAAUGUAAUCGAAGAGGCAGAUGUUCUAGUUGUCGACGCGGCGAAAAGAACUGAAAAGGUUCUAGAUGCACUUGUUAGAGGAAUUCCAGUGGUUAGCCACGAUUUUUUGUCGGAGUCAAUUAAGAACGGAGAACCCGCGAAAAUUGACAAGUUUUUAUUGAAGAGUGCAUUUAAAGGGUUGACAAAGAGCAAGAAAGAACGGAAAAACUUGUUAUCGGGAAUGAACAUUUUUGUGGGGGGAAAACCCAAAAUCUCGACAGAAGUUCUUCAAAGAUGGAUAUUAGAGCUUGGUGCUUCCAUUAAAAAGACAUACAAAGAUGCGGACACGAUCGUUUGGGGAGACAGAAAGAAGUUCAAUUUGAGGACUAAAGAGGGACAAAAAGUCGUCGAAGAGACGUGGUUGUAUGAUACAAUUGAGAAGAUGGAAAAGCAAAAUUUUUUCAUUUACUUGAUCAACGACCCCGAGCUUGGGAGUGAAGAGGAGAAAGAAAGGAAGGUUGAAGCAAUGCUGAACAAUGAUGGAGAAGAACAAGAAGGAGACAAGAAGUUGGAAGAGGAGGGAAAAGAUAAAAGUGAAUAA